CGAACGGUGCACGUUAGAAAGGUACUUAGGCGCUAGAGUUUCCACAAGCGGACAGAUAAUCUGCUUUGCACUGAAGAAGCUGUCCGGAGGUGUAAAUAUGGAAGCGGCUACCCACAGCCUCUGACAAAAAGCUGGGCCAGGUUUAGUGCCACUCCCUUGAAGAUGGAUGCUUUUGAGGGGAUCCACAAUGUACACCUGUCUGCCUCUCCUCCACAAGUCUCCAGAUCGGGCCCAGGGUAUGAGGUCUUGGUGACGGGUAGCUCGAGAAUAGCAGUGUACUCCUCCCAUAUGUUUUUUUGGAAAGAUGACAUUUCAGGUCAUCAACAAACUAAACACAGCAGAGAAGAGCUAUGUCCUGUUGGAAGGUUGGUAGACCUGGAGCCUGAGCUGGAACGUAGUAUAAUGGCUGGAGCGGGACAAGCAGAGGUAUUGCUUCAAGAGGAGGUAGAAGUCCACAGAGGGGAAGCCUACAAUUUGUCUCGUUUGCGGAGUUCUUCUUUGGAGAUCAGAGAAAAAGGCACAGAGUUCCUUAGAGAGCAGCUGGAUGCUGCCCAAAAGGAGCUAAAACUGAAGGGGGAGGAAUGUGAACGAUUGUCUAAUGUGCGAGACCAGCUGGAGCAGGAACUGGAAGAACUGACAGCCAGCCUCUUUGAGGAAGCUCAUAAGAUGGUCCGGGAGGCCAAUGUAAAACAGGCAAAUGCUGAGAAGCAACUGAAGGAGGCACAGGGCAAGAUUGAUGUACUGCAGGCUGAGGUGUCUGCCCUAAAGACCCUGGUGUUGACCUCCACCCCAUCCUCCCCCAACCGCCAACUUCACCCCCAGCUCCAGGUAGCAGGCUCCAAAGGGGUCUCCACACGCAACAAGACUGCCACUCUUACCCUGCCGCAGCUACAGCCAGAGUCUACAUCUGCAUCUCCUCAGAACAGCCAGGAAGACAAGGAGUUGGAUUCUGUAUUAUUUGCCGAGUUUCUGUCUUGGAAGGAAGCUCCAAGUCUGGACCGAUCUUCUGCCUUCAUCAGCCGUAUCUACAGAGAAGACAUUGAGCCCUGUCUUUCAUUCACACGCUCAGAACUGUCUCAGUCUGUACAGAGUGCAGUGGAGAAUAACUCUUUGACUAUUGAGCCUGUUGCCAUGACAGUGACACCCAUGGUUAAGACCUCGGCUAUUGAAUGUGGAGGACCCAAUGGCUGCCGAGCACCAGUAGAGACGAUGUGUGCCCUGAGUGGGAUAUCCCACCCCUGCCGACAUCGCAUCAAACUUGGAGAUGGAGAGAGAUAUUACUACAUCUCCCCUUCUAGCAGAGCUAGGAUCACAGCUGUGUGUAACUUCUUCACCUAUAUCAGAUACAUCCAGCAAGGUUUAGUCAGACAGGAUGCUGAACAGAUGUUUUGGGAGGUGGUCCGUCUGCGGAGGGAGAUUUCUGUGGCCAAGCUGGGGUUCUUCAUCAUGGACGAGAGCUGAAGGCCAUGCAUAGCUACUUGAUGACAGCAGCUGAGCCGAUGUAGACACUCCAAUAAAGUAUCAAUAUCUGACACUUUAAGAUCAAUUCCAAAGCUGAAUCUCAGCACAGCAGCUGAAGAGCUUAUACAGUGGUAAGACUUCAGACAUCAUGAACAGGCCUGCUACCUGCUCAAUCAGUAUUAUUUUUGUCUGUUUAUGACUGGACCAAGUAAACAAUAGUUUACCAUGUCCUUUACUACACUUUGCUUUGUAGAACACCUAUGGUACUUACUGUGGAGUAAACAGAUUAAAGUUUGGAUUAUUUUAGCUGCAUCAGCCCCACCAAAAAUACAUCAAAUUAAGUCUUCAAGUUGAGAACAGUGCCUCAUGCAACACAUAGGUAAAAUAUGAGGGGCACAUUGGUGUUUGAAAAUUUUUAAAGCUGUCAAAUAUUAAUGUGUUAAUCUUGCUUCUGCCUUAACCAAGCACUUGUUGCACCAAGGUGCACUACCUUAAGACAGUACAGUGUCAAAAAUUUGAAGGCCUACUGUCCCAAUACCUAUCACCAGCAUUCUCCUGGGACUGAUACACAGGCAUUAGAACUUAAUACACCAUAAUGACACUCUUCUAUGUGCAUACCAUUAUUGACACCAGUGAGUACUGGUGUGUAUGCAUUAAUGCAGACAUUCUUUAAAUUAAUUGUGGUACAUAAAGUGUACUUAAUCGGACAGGCCUUUGGGUCUAAAUUAUGCUGCACUGUUGAAUAACUGUUGCAUGGUUGACAAUGGCAUUGUCCUAGAGCAAAAUGCACUCCUGUAUAAUAGAGAUAUAGCAUAAAGCCAUGAAAAUUACUUGUGUCAUGGAUUCAUUUGCUUCAGUGUAUUCGGUAACGUAGACAGGAAGUAAAAUUAAUGACUUUGGUAAGUGGAAAUCUACUGGUCAUAGCUGAAUUUUCUUUAUUUACUGGGGGGUUCAGAUUGACAAACAGGAGUUAGUGAGGGAGCUGAUGUCAGUGGAUGACUAUAACACCAGAUGGUUAGUACUGUAUGGCAUGUUCAGGUCAUUUGUGAUAUUCAGCAAUUGAAAAUAAGGGUCAAGUAAACAAGUAUGCAUUCUUUUAAUGCUUUUUUUCCACUUUCCUUUAUAUGCAACCUGAACUGUUGGUGUGUAGGAGAAGUUCUAACACUCCAUAUGUAAAUUCAUGCAAUAAAAUAUUAAAUGAGU